AUGCCUAAAAAAGAUAGGGUUUCUGCACAGAAGCGGAAGUUGCUAGAUCAAGCGGGGGCUGCUCGAGGUAAAAAAAAACUUAAUUCUUUCUUUGAUGUACAAGCACCAGUACAACAUGUGAAAGUUGUGGACACCGUCGGCACAGCGAGUCAAAUCGUCAACAAUCAAAGUCGUCCCAUUGCUGCAGAAGAGCUUGAUAAUACUGAAGUAAUAGGCGAAGAUGUGGAUAUCUAUUCACGUCCACAAAACGAAAUUGAAUUUGAAUCUAAUGUAGACCACAACUCUGUCAACAGUGACACACAAGAUGUGGAGUGGAUAAGUACAGAAGAAGAAUUCACCUGGACGAUUAGGUAUUUUAGGUUCAUAUAUUUACAGUAUAUCAUUAGAUUUCAUCAUUCAUCAUAAAAUAAUAAUUGUCCACACACACUGGCGUGGCCAGCGUCGAUAAUUGGAGGGGCGAAUAUUCAUAUAUUCAUGUUCACAGACCUUAAAAACAAUCGAUUUUAAAAUAAAUUAAUAGUGCAGAACAUGAUAUAUGAAUAUUCGCUCCCUCAAUUAUCGACGCUGGCUACGCUACUGUCCACACAAACAAUAAAAUGCCGAAUUAUCUAAGCAGUGCUAUACUAAAAUAUCAACAAUGUUAUAAUUAAGCACUCAUAUAAAGUGAGAUUCAUCCUAGGGCUCAGCAUGAGAAGCUUCAGCAGCACAAGUACCUAAUAACAAAAUUGUUUGCAUUCAUUCGCCUAAUUUUCUCUAAUGAUGGUGCUAAAGAUAAGAAAUUGCAAAGAUACAGAAUGUACUGUAAUAAUUUUAGAAUACUUAUAACAUUUGGGUGGGUGCACCCCAAAUUAUUAGCAGUGUCUCACUGUGUUUCGUAUUAAUUAUCGCUGAAAGCCAGUGCUGCACUGCCCUUGUGUCCAGUGGAGGUGGCAUUUUUUGCUUUUUUUUGGGGGGGAGAGACAACCCGAUUCUUUUUGAGGGGUAUGUGAUAGCUCAUAGUCCAUUAUAUAUAGGACAGUACGUAUGUUCCUUGUGUUUGGUAGUCUCAUGUUUUUCUAUCAAACUAUAAUCAUCAAAUAGAAUAAUUGUACACAAGCAUUGUGUAGAUAAAAUAUAUAUUUAAAAAGUUGUCUCUGUUAGACGUUUCAACCAGGUUGCUAUGACCUGACUGAUGAAGGCCAUACGCAUAUAUACUAAAAUAAAAUGCUAGAGUGCUAAAUUUUCAAGGGAGCAAAUUAGGAGGGGGGGAUAAAUAUUAGGUGACAGAUGCCCAACCCCCCUACCCCCUUGAUGCCGCCACUGGUCGUGUCCAAUUCACCCUGUUCUAUUAUUAGAGGAGAGAGUCGAAAAAAGGACAGAUGUUUCAAUGGUAAAUGGCUUACAACUUGGCCUUGGUUGCAGUACCACAGAGGAAAGCAAACUGCAUUUUGUUCCAUCUGCUCAUCAAAUCAAAAGGAAAUCAAAUCAUCAAAUCAAUGGUUCCCAGUGUAUCUCGAGGAGUGCAGACGUGUUUUGUUGAGCUCCGUUAUUUAUCACAUUUCUAUCAUAUAUGUGAUAACUUCUUGUGGUCAAGAAGGCUAAUUGUUAAUAAUUUAUAGUGAGUAACAAGUAAAUUGAUAUGCCAGAAACUAGACAAGCAGCAGCUUCUCAGUCCACCGAGCUUCGAACCGACAUGAGGGAAACAAUGCGAAGUGAACUAAACGACUUUUUUCGGUCUAGUGAAUUUAAAGAAAUCUUGUCCAAAGCAGUGUCUACUCUUGUUGAAGAAUCUGUCCAACAAGCCACAAAACCUCUUUUGGAAAAGAUAGAAGCAUUGGAAGCAGAACUAACAAAUGUCCGUGUUCAAGCAAACGAAAACGAGCAAUAUUCCCGAAAGUAUAAUUUAAGAAUCGUUGGUCUGAAUGAAAACGAUGGCGAGAAUUGCGUUAGAGAAGUAAUUAAGCUCUGUAAAGAAAAGUUGAACGUUAAUGUGGACGAGAGGGAUAUCGAUCGUGCACAUCGUCUUGGUCCGAAAGCGCUUAGCGGGAGAUCAAGAACUGUAAUUGUAAAGUUUAAAUCGUAUAGUGCAAAGGCGGAAAUCUGUAGGCAACGCAAACUUUUGAAAGGUACACAAUACUAUAUUAACGAAGAUUUAACUAAGUUCAAUAUUGAAUUGCUUAAUUAUGCCCGUGAUCAGAAAAGUUUUAUUAAAUCAGCUUGGUCUGCAGAUGGAAAGAUUUUAGUCCGCAACUUGGAUGAUAAAAUUACUCGAAUUCGUCAAUUCAAUGAUUUCUUGAAGUUUAACCUAACCGAUCCAUCUUACUGA